AUGGCGCGCGGGCUGCGCGGCGUCCGCGACGACCUCUCCGAGCUGGGGCGGCACCUGCUGGACAUCGCCUGCUUCCUGCACCCGCUCCUCAACCCGGCGCACACCGACUCCCCGCCGCCCACCCCGACGGGCCCGGCCCCCCCCGCCGCGCGCGCCGCUCCCCAUUCUGUAAUCUCUGAUAUCCAAAGAGAUCAUAUGGAAUCCAUUGAAAAACUUGUCCCAGAUUUAGCAUCUCUACGGGGUAGGCUCUGCCCUUCUUACAUGGAUGAAGACAUAUUCUGGAAGAUUUACUUUAGGUUGCUUGAGUCGAACAUAAUUGAGCAUAGUUCUGAGGAAGAUACCCAGAGCGUGCCAAAUUCUGUACAUCACAACAAUGAGAUAGAGUCAGAUUCUCCACCUCACGUCUGUGAGAUAGAAAGUGUAAAAAGCAACCAAGAAGGGUAUCAAUCUUCGGAUGGCCGUGCUUUGCCCAAGACAAGAUCCGAGCGAAGCAUUGACCAAUGGGUAUUUGCAAAGUCGAAAUCUGAGGAAAGCAUGGAUCAGUGGUCUGAAAUACCUUCAGAUGUGGAAUCCUACAGAGAAGGUAAAAGAUACCUCAGUAGCGAGGAGCUGAGCGACGUUGAUAGUGCCAACGUCGUUGUCAUGGACAAAUACAUGGAUUCACUUCUCUCUGACCGGAGGCACCUCCCCUAUGCUAGCUCCUCAGUGCGCCAGGAUUCAGUCAGACGAAAACCUGCUUCAUCCAGCCAUCGGCCUCCACAGCCAACUCCACCUGUAUCACUGUCAAAGAAGGAAUCAUGGGAUGUCAUUGAAGACUCGGAGUUUGAUAUACUUGACAGUUAG